GUCGCGCCUUUUUCCCCCGUCCCGGCCCAUCCAAGGACGCGCGCCGCCUCCGAUCCGCCUCGCCGCGCCCGGCAAUGACGAGGGCCCACUUGGUGCCGGCGGCGGCGGCGCAGCGCCGGCCGACGGUGGCGCUGCUGCUGGGCCUGGCGCUGGCCUUCUGCCUCGCCGUGCUCUCCAUCCAGUCCUCGUUCUUCGCCGCCCCGGGGGCGCCAGGCAGGAGGCUGGAUCUGGACGCCGGCGACGUGCGCGAGCUCGCGGGGUUCCAGUCCCGCGUCCAGCAGUGCGUGGCAAGCAGGGGACUUGGCCUCACAGCAGAUAUAAUUGAUCACUGCAAGCUGGUUCUUAAAUUUCCUGAAGGGACCAACAGCACCUGGUAUAAUACCCAGUUCAGGAUUUUUGAACCUCUAGAAUACAAAUAUGAUGUCUGCGAAGCUAUCCUAUUGUGGGAACAGUACCGCAACAUGACGACUGUGUUGACAAGGGAGUACUUGGAUGUGAGACCAGACGGAUGGUUGGAUUAUGCGGCUAAAAGGAUUGCACAGCUUGGUGCUGAUAAAUGCUACAAUCGUACUCUCUGUGAAGAGCUUCUUAGUAUUUUGCUGCCUGCAAAACCUCCUUUCCACCCACGCCAGUUUGCAACAUGUGCAGUUGUUGGUAACUCAGGAGAUCUCUUGAAAACAGAGUUUGGACAAGAGAUUGAUGCACAUCAUGCUGUGUUUCGGGACAAUGAGGCACCUGUUAAUGAGAAAUAUGCAAAACAUGUUGGAUUGAAGAGGGACUUUCGACUGGUUGUCAGGGGUGCUGCUCGAAAUAUGGCACCAAUACUGAAGGGCUCCUCUGAUGAGGCUCUUAUUAUUAAAAGUUUGACACACAAAGAAAUCAAUGCGGUGAUUAAGGAACUUCCAAAUCCUGUCUACCUUUUUCAAGGUAUAGUCCUACGAAGGGGUGCUAAAGGAACUGGCAUGAAGUCCAUAGAGCUAGCACUGUCCAUGUGUGAUAUUAUUGAUAUGUAUGGUUUUACAGUUGAUCCUGGCUACACAGAAUGGACACGGUACUUCUCAGCACCUAGGAAAGGGCACAAUCCACUUCAAGGGCGGGCUUAUUAUCAACUUCUGGAAUGCCUUGGAGUCAUUCGGAUCCAUUCUCCCAUGAGAGCACAAAGGGUGGAAGAUUGGUCAGACAUACCAAGCAAAGAAGAGAUCAGAAGAGCACAUGCUGCAGCUUUUCGUCUAAAAAAGCACGAAACUGGCCAGCCAGCUGAGCCGGGGCCAUUUAGCAAUUGCAAGGUAUGGGGCACAGUUGACCCUGACUACGGUCCAGUAUCAGGGACUUCAGAUAUGAGUGAAGUUCGUAAGAAUUCAAACUACAGCAAGUGGGAGUUGCUCCCACUGGAGAAGCUAAGAAGGGAGGCUCAGGAACACUAUAUCCAAAUGGAUGGCGUGUCUCUGUACAAGAUGGACGGAAACAAGUUAGACGAUCUUGUCUGUGUGAGGCACCAGCGCUCAUCAAGUUGAGACUGCAGCGCCUAAGCUUGACCAAGAUGGCAUUUUGACACUUCUAUGAUUGGUUUCAUGGUGGUAUUGUAAGGAUGCUAGACAGCAAGGCACAUUUUCUGAUGGAUCUGCGUAUUUUGUUCUAUUCACUUGUAAAAUUAGAUGAGGCAUCAGAUUUGGGUGUGGUGAUCUUACCCGCAACAGAAAAUUCUUUUGUUGGUUGGUUAGCUAGUUCUAGCCUUCUAGGAACAGCAGCUUAAGCUGUCUAGGGGAUUGAAAUGUGGAUACUACAGGAGAUGGUUUUCACUUUUUGACAUAGCUGUAACUAAAAGCUUAAGGGUCAUGGCAUUUCUCAAGUUCAGGGUUGCCGUUUUGUCGCCGAUCCAGCAGUCUCUCAA